AUGAAGGAGAAAUCUGAGGUCUUCACCAAAUUCAAGGAGUGGAAGGCGGAAGUAGAAAACCUUACGGGAAGGAAGAUCAAGAUUCUAAGAAGUGACAAUGGAGGAGAAUAUAAAGAUAGCAAAUUUCUGGAGUUUUGCAAGAGCGAGGGUGUCAAGAGGCAUUUUACUGUGAAGAAGAUGCCCCAACAAAAUGGAGUCGUGAGUGCCUAUGAUCUCAUACCUAAUGAUGAGAGAACCAAGUUGAAACCAAAGGCUCUUGAGUGCAUAUUCCUCGGCUUUGAGAGCGGUGUGAAAAGUUUCAAGUUAUAG